AUGGCUGUCCCGUCCGAAGACCUAUUCGAGUGCAACGAGCCCGAGUUCGGCACCCCCGAGCUCGUCGAGGCCAAGAGGGGUCGGGAGUCCCCGCACAUGAAGGCCAUGGUCUACAACAACCUCGAUGACAACGAGAACACGCUGCUGCGCGGCGAGGUUGUGAUCACUCUUCGCGUGAUCAACGGGCAGAUGAGACGGUCUCGCUUCUUCGAACAUUCGACUGUGCCGGUCCUUCUUCUCUUCUUCCUGGGACCGCAACACGCCCGGGUCAUCGAACUAUAUUUCGAUGGCAGCUCGGUGGUGAUGCGUCCAACGCGGCUGUUUGAUCUCCGGGAGAAGGACGAGACCUUGAUCAGAACCUUUGCGCAGUGGUUCCUUGGGGAGCCGACGGGGGAGACCAGGGUGCUUCGGGGGGUGUGA